CCCACUAGAACUAGAAUCUUUUAUCUUUUAUUUUAUAUAAAACCAAACCCGAACUCAACAAACUACACAAUCACAUCACUUUUUCGAUUCUCUCUCAAUAACUCCGCGUCUCUCUCUCUCUUCAUCCUCCUUCUACUUCUUCUUCCUCGCUUGCUUUCCAUCGCCCUCUACUCACUCCAAUGGCAACUUUCUAGAAACCCACACCUUUCAUCUGGGGAAACUCGAGCACAGGUCCUGCACCGUGCUACCCUUGCAUUUCCUCCAUAAAUGGGCUGUUUCAACUCUAAGGCAAGAAAGCAGUUUCCAGGGCAAGAGGAUCCAGUAAUUCUUGCAUCACAGACAGCUUUCACUGUCAGUGAGGUCGAAGCAUUAUUCGAGCUUUUUAAGAGCAUAAGCAGCUCUGUUGUUGAUGAUGGAUUAAUAAGCAAGGAAGAAUUUCAGUUGGCAAUCUUCAAGAAUAGGAAAAAAGAAAAUAUCUUCGCAAAUCGGAUCUUUGAUCUAUUUGAUGUCAAGAAGAAGGGAGUUAUUGAUUUUGAUGACUUUGUUAGAUCUCUCAAUGUCUUCCACCCAAAUGCAGCGCUAGAAGACAAGAUAGAUUUUUCAUUUAGGCUCUAUGAUUUGGACAGUACUGGCUUUAUUGAACGCCAAGAGGUCAAGCAAAUGUUAAUUGCACUUCUUUGUGAGUCAGAAAUGAAGUUGGCAGAUGAGGUGGUAGAAACAAUUAUUGACAAGACAUUCGUGGACGCUGACCAGAACCAAGAUGGCAAAAUUGACAUUGACGAGUGGCGAAAGUUUGUUUCUGAAAAUCCAUCACUGCUGAAAAUCAUGACUCUUCCCUACUUAAGGGACAUCACAACUUCUUUCCCAAGUUUUGUAUUUAAUUCUAACGUGGAUGAAAUUGUUGCUUGAGAGCACACAACUCUCAGUUAUGCAAUUAUUGAGAGAAUUGGAUGUGUUUGUAAGAGCUUAAUCAGAGUCUUAAUUAGCUCUGCUCACGCUCAGUUAGUUGUAAAUCACAUUAUCAUUGAAAUUUUCCAGUCGGGGUUAGUUAGGGCUUUGAUUUUUUUUCUUUUAAAUUAGUAUUUUUUUAAAUAUUUGAAAUCAUUAAUGAAGUACAUAUAAUUGAUAUGUUCAUGGUAUGUUUGGAUUUCAGUUAA